GCCAGAUUUGUCAAUAAGAAGCAUGAGGUUUUUUGUGUUAUAAAUUUGUAUUAACCGCUUUGCUUGUGACCGGCUAACCAGGUCCGGCUAGAUUUCCUAACAUUUACUACCGUCGAUAAGAUGGGAAGCUUCUUUGUUUAAAGGCGAUAUUGUGGAGGUUCAGCCAAACCUGUUCAACCUAGAUGAGAAAGAUGUUGUUUAAAAGGUCAAGUUCUGCUUAGAGGUAUAUUUUGAGAACAUGGGAUUACCUUUCGUGUUACUGCUGCUAGUUGGGACAGCUACCAGUUCUAUCAAGUUCGACGCCCCCUUAGACUACAACCUAUUUUUCUGGCAAGGAAUCAACUCCUUACAAUACCACUUGGACAUUCGUAUCCCACGUGACUCCCGCAGAUUUACAAUUGAGUUCUGCACUAAUGUGCUCUGUACCAUGGACAAAGUGCUUCACUUCAGGGCGCGGUUCGAUAAACAGCACGUGGCCAGGUCGCAUCGGCUGAACGGAAAAUGGAGUUCGGAGCUGACAAGUGGAGUGAUGCCUUUUGAGAGAGGGGGCGAAUUCUCCAUGAAAAUUAUCACCGGGCAGUCUAGAUUUGAGAUCUACAUUGACGACGUAUUAUUCUGCCAGUAUAAUGGCGUUUUUCAUAGAGAAGCGCAAUAUGUUAUGAAGAUUUCUGGAAAAGUGGAGAUUACACAUUGGACUGAAUUUGUGGAUAAAUCAAUGUUAAGUCCCGCGGUUACCUACUGGGGAUUUAAGCGCAGCCCCAUAGCCGGUGAUAGACUACAAAUUGAUAUUCUAUUGGCUGCCAACUGGAAAAGUUUGGGAAAAUUUCACCUGGAUCUGAAUAAAAUGAAAGACCGGCUUCGGGCCAAUCAAAUUAUCUGUGAAUUUUCCUGGCCUUCGUCGACAUUCACACUCAAGUGUAUGGAUGAAAACCCGUGUACCCCAGCCGUAACCACAGUCACAUUGAAAGCCAGCCAGUGGUUCACGAUAUCGAUUAACUUUUCCCUUAACAGCAUGGUAAAGUUUUACUACAAACAAAUUUAUCUUGGAGAGAUUCGCAGCAAUUACGCCACUGUGCGGUCGAUACACUUCCAGUGGAGGAUUGAUGAUUAUAAAAUGAGGUUUAUUCCAGCUUCAGCACCUCAAGGACCUCCGCGGCGACAAUAGCUUUCUAAAGCUGUAGCAACUGCCAUCUAUAACUGUUUAAAAGCCUGUGUUUUUAUUGUUCUGUUAUUUCAAUGUGUUUGAGGUGUUAUUAGUUUUAUAAGAGUGAAGUUAAACAAUUAACAUUUACUUUUUUUGUGAAAAGCAUAGAAGCUAUACUAUAAUUUUUUUCGAUGUUAAAACAAGAUGAAAAGUGUCAACAUCUGUAUGAGUAAAUCAGUUUUUCGCAGAUAAAAUGUUACUUCAAUAACAAUA